AGCAAGCUGCACAUGGAGGGAUUCCGCAGCCUGAAGGAGGGCGAGGCUGUCGAGUUCACCUUCAAGAAAUCAUCCAAAGGCCUCGAGUCCAUCCGGGUGACGGGGCCCGGGGGCGUCUUCUGCAUCGGCAGCGAGAGGAGGCCCAAGGGGAAGAGCCUCCAGAAGCGCAGAUCCAAAGGAGACCGGUGCUACAACUGCGGCGGGCUGGACCACCACGCCAAGGAGUGCAAGCUGCCCCCGCAGCCCAAGAAGUGCCACUUCUGCCAGAGCAUCAGCCACAUGGUGGCCAACUGCCCCGCCAAAGCACAGCAGUCGCCCAGCUCGCAGGGCAAGCCCGCCUACUUCCGAGAGGAGGAGGACAUGCACAGCCCGGCGCUGCUCCCCGAGAGCCGCGAAUGA